UUUUUCAGGUGAUAUAAGCUCCCUCUAUAAACAGUGGAAAAAAGUUCGAGACCGUUAUGUUCGUGAAAAACGAAAAUUGCGUAUGGCUGGCAAUGCAAGCAAUGAAGUUUCUAAUUGGGAAUUUUUUCGUGAUUUGAUGUGGAUUGACCCUUUUUUGGAUGAAAGAGCAGCUCAAGUUAAACGAAAACGUGAAAGUAGUGAAGCGUCGGGAGGAGAGGAUGAGCAAAUUUAUUUAAAUGACAGUUUUUCUUCGUCUACAACUGCUAUAAAUUUUUCUAAUGGCAUCAAUUCUUUACAACAUGAUGAUUUGGGGACAUCACAAAUGUCUUCUCAUCAUUCACAACAACAGCAAAUUCAAAAUCCUUAUACAAUGAUGUCAAUUCAACAGCCACAACAACAACCUCUAGAAUCAAUUCAACACCCUUCUUUUAACUUUGGACAUCAAUUACAACAAUUAGUCAGACUUCAGCAACACCCACCAAUGCAAAAUAAUACAAAUUCAAAUAUUGUUGUGGGACAUUCACUUACUGGAUUACACCAAGUUCAACAACAGCAUCAGAAUUUAUCAAGAAUUCGUCCAGCAUCACUUUUAAAUGAUUCAAUAGGUUUAGUAACCUCCUCAUCUGUUCAAAAUAAUUCAAAUCAACAAUUAAUGAUACCACUUCAACAACAACAAUCAAUACCUUUAAAUACUAACAAUUUUUCUCAACUUGAUACAAGCAAUUCAAUUAAUGUUAGUGAACGUCCAAAUGAUCCAACAACUUUACAAAAACAGCAACAACAUUUAAUUUUACCUCAACAACAACCAUCAAUGGUCGAUGGAGAAAGAGCUUUUGCACACAGUGUUGUUGCCGAUUUGCUUUGCCUUCCAGAACAUGCACGUAUUAUGGCAAAGGCACAAAUUCAACAUUUGUUAGAAAAUUCAAAAAUUACAAUUGUUAAGGCAUAG